AUGGACCUGAAGGAGCUUCCAUCAAAUGUAGGAGACAACAACAUAAGUGAAGAAACAAAUAUUCUGAUCUCUUCGCUUCCUUCAUGUACAGAUUUCGAAGGGAAGAAACUUUGUAAUUAUCAAGGAUUUUGGUAUUACUACAACACUCUCCAAGGCGUUCUUAAUUUCCGGAGAGGUUUUAAACCGCAAGGCACCGAUAUAAUUCUUGCUUCUUCUCCCAAAUCAGGUACUAUUUGGCUCAAGGACCUCACCGUCGCCUUCUUGGAGUGA